AAUUUUCGUGUGAAUAUUGUCUGUCGCGCUAAAGAAUAAAGAAAGGUAUCUUUUAACGAAGCUACAGAACUAAGACAUCAAAACGUGUGUUUGGCAAUUUAUCUAGAUGUAAGCGGAUGUUGUUUGUCGUUAAAUUUUUUUUUCUCGAGGCAUGAGAAAGAAGAUUGGAGAAAGGUACUUAUGCGUAUAAAAUAUUGAAAAACAGCUGAAGCGUGAACUAGUGUCGUUGGAGUGGUCAGGUAACCGAUCAUAAGAUGAAAUUCUCUCGUCUACUUUGGGCUGUAAUUGUGUUCCAAACUACUGCCAUCGCUGCUCAGAGAGGCAUAAUGUCGCGACACAAGCGUGCUUUAAACACGUGCAAAGAAGAGAAAUUAAAGAAACCUGAUGGCGCCAUUUUGAAAAGGAAACAACAAAGUAACGGCAGCCAUUCCUUGCCUUUCCCUUCUGGAGAUGAGGCUGUUUUCGUUUGCAAAGACGGAUAUCGACUACAGAAUGGUCGGCUGAAAUCGUAUUCCUGCGAAGAUGGAAACUGGACAGACCGUCAUAACCAGUCAGAGAAUGGAUUUUGUCAGGAUCUCUGUGGUGAAAGAUUUAUCAAUGUGACUGGAAGAGCCACAGGUGUCAUAACCAGCAAUAUGUUCCAGCAAAAUCGAUCUGAUGCGAUUGUGAAUUGUACUUGGACACUUAAGACUGAAGAUAAGGGCUUUUACAUCAAGUUGCUUUUUGAAAACUUCACCUUACCUGAGAGAUGUACUCAAGAUUUUGUGACACUGGAAAAAGUAAGAUUUUGGGAUUUCAGAAAUGAGAAUUGCCGCUGCAAGGAGAGCAAAUCUGUUUGUCGAUUUAGUGGCAAGCGCACUCCGCCCCUCUCUCGGUCCAUCACAAAUGCAACAACAGUGAACUUUUACUCGUCAAACCCAACUAAGUCCUACUUCAAAGCGAUAUGGUUUAACGUGAAUGGUUUGUUUCCUGAAGGGCUUGUUCCCGUUCCAGACCCCACCGAGAGUCCUAAAAUCUUGAUUCCUGUGCUCAAACCAAAGACAACAGUACCUCCGUCGACUGCGCCCUUCACACUUUCCCUCAUAUUGUUCACUUUAAUAGUCCUUGUUAUCGGCCUCGUCUUAGCCUGUAAGGUUGGCCAGCGGUAUCUGGGGCCCUCGUGCAGCUUUGGUUCCUUGUAUGCGUGGAUCACAAGUUUACGCACUUCCCGAGCCCCAUUUUCGCCGCGACGCGCCGGCGGUGAAGCGUCUUUAGAAGAAAGAGGCUUAAUGACAGACACUGACAGCCCCUUAAUGGCGGAGAGGCUGGUCAUUCGGGGAUUACAGGAUGAAUCGAGUAGGUCGUCACAUCUAAGCCUGCAGAAUGUUGUCUGAUGGAGUGAAUUCGAGUCGCACCAGCAACUUCAAAUUAUCUAUAACUUGUAAUUAAAACUAAGCCGGUACAAUUUCGCGACUCCAAGGCAUUUUUUUCAGUUGGUAGGCAUGGCUUAAAGAGGAACAGGUGUCUUUGAAACUGCGAAAGGUUGAAAUCUCAAAGUGAAACCCUGAUUUGUACAGUGGCGCCAAGCACGGCCAAAUGUUUUGCUUUAAGGUUAUAAUUAUUUUGAUCUUUCACCUUAGGCUGAGUUUUAGUUAAACAAGCCCCAAAGAAAUCUGCUUACUCCUUACUCUGCGCUAGACAUCAAUAAACAAAGCCAAGUCAUUCUUGAUUAUCACACUA